GUACCAAAAAAUGUAAAACUUUUGCAUCAAACUCAUGAUAUACAAACAGAUUGCAUGCUCUUUGUGUUGAUUUCACUUUCUCCCCUUCUUUAUUUAUUUUUUUCACACUGCAAAGUCCGUCUUUUUUUUUUUAUUUUAUAAAUUUCCUUUGAGGUGGUCUAACAUCGAAUUAAAAAGGCCACUUCUUUUCGAAUCUAAGGACAUACAGAUAUGCACUGAAGACGCCUACUGCAUUCCCUCUGCCUGCAGGCUGGGUUGUUUUCUUAGCUCCGUCAUUGGGUUAUGUAAAUUGCUGCUAGGGCUCCUCCGCCAAAGGUUGCUUCGAAGCUUUCGAGGAGAAAUGGGCGUUACCCAGAAUCAGAUUCAGCUCCUUAUGAGCUUAUCUGUUUCGUUCAGGGCUUUGUUUCUUUUGUCGAUCGUCUUUACACUCCUCCACAGCUUUCCAUUUCAAGCUCAAGCUGCUCCUGCUGUUGGGUCUUUGUCACCGAAACCAGGAGGACCAUUGAUAAAGCAUUUGUCUUGGCUUCUCAAGUGGACCAGCAAACCAUCUUCUUCUAAGACGCCUCAAUCAGACCCUGAGGUUCUUCAGUUUGAGAGUGGCUACUUGGUUGAGACCGUAGUCGAGGGGAAUGAAAUCGGGGUUGUUCCUUACAAGAUUCGAGUCUCCAGUGAUGGCGAACUGUAUGCUGUCGACGAGGUUAAUAGCAACAUUAUGAAAAUUACUCCUCCGUUAUCCCAGUACAGCAGGGGAAGAUUGGUGGCAGGAUCGUUUCAAGGCAAAACGGGACAUGUAGAUGGGAAGCCAAGUGAAGCUCGUUUCAAUCACCCUAGAGGUGUAACCAUGGACGAUAAAGGGAAUGUUUAUGUCGCUGAUACUUUGAACCUUGCAAUCAGAAAGAUUGGAGAUUCAGGUGUUACUACCAUUGCUGGGGGUAAAUCUAAUGUAGCAGGGUAUAGAGAUGGACCAAGCGAGGAUGCAAAGUUCUCAAAUGAUUUUGAUAUCGUAUAUGUUCGGUCUACCUGCUCGUUGCUCGUUAUUGAUAGAGGAAAUGCAGCUCUUCGUCAAAUCUCUCUCGGGGAAGAUGACUGUGACUAUCAAUAUAGCUCAAUCUCUACCGCAGAUGUGCUCUUAGUUGUCGGUGCCAUUGUCAUUGGCUAUGUCACUUGCUUACUCCAGCAGGGUUUCGGACCCUCUUUCUCCUCAAAGACGCAACAAAUAUCUGAAACCAUGUCUGAAGAGCAUCCAGGCAAACAGAAACUUGCUCCUGUCGUUGAGACAGCAAAGGAAGAACCGGGUUGGCCAUCAUUUGGGCAACUUGUUAUCGAUCUCUCCAAACUCUCUCUCGAGUUUUUAACCAGUCUGGUUUUUCACCUAGUUCCAACCCGAUUCAGGACCACCAAGAAAAGCAGCUCGAACUUAACCCCACUAAAAGAUAGACUGAAAAUGCCUGAAGAUGAACCAGAACCUCCAUUGGUUCAGAAGCAUACUACCUCGGCCCCUGUCUCUGAAUCUCGACAUGCCCACCUGCCUAAAAUCAGUGAUAACAAUUACUCAGAACCAAAGGCCGCAAAGGUGAAAUCGAGUAGCUCAAAGGACCCGACAAUGUCCGGAACGAAGCAUCGAUCAUCAUCGAGACGACAGGAGUAUGCGGAAUUCUACACGUCUGGAGAAAUCCGACAAAAGAGCCAGAAAGAGCGAACAAGACACCGCCAUAGAGACAGAACCGCGGAGACAGAACCGAAACCUGCAGUGGAGAUACCAAAGCCUGUAGAUUACAGUAACCCGAAGUUCGAUCAUCUCAACUUCAGGAGCAAGUAUGGACCCGGACCCGGACCCGGACCCGAAUCCUCAUUCCGAUUCUGAAAAGACUGCAUCUCAAUCACUUGUAUCGUGUAUGAUCUUUGUUUUGGGAGAUUCAUGUUGUUCUUAGUUUCAUCAAAAUUAUAUGACUCAAGAGAGAGAGAAAAAACAUCUUAUUACAUUGAUGAAAGGUAGAGAAAAUGCUUUGAUGUAUUGAUUCCAACACACUGGGAUGUCUUUUGUUUCGAGUCAUAAGAAGAAUCUUGAUUUGUUAAUUUUAGUUAUGUUUUUUUUUCUGUUA